GCGCUGCAGCGGCGCGCCAUGAUCGAGUUGGCGCAGGGGUCCGCGGCGGCGGCGGCGGCGGCGGUGCCCGAGCGCCUGCCCCAGACGAUGGCGCUGGAUAUGCAAGCUCAACAUGGUCAGCCUCAGCAGUUUCCGCAGCAGCCCUCGAGGUCGACGUCUGACGGUUUCCCAGCUGUCGGCGAGGCUCCAGAGGACGAGCUCGCGACCGAAGCAGGCGUGGUGGCCAUCGGCACCGCCCACGCCGCUCGACGCCGAGAUCGGUGCCGUGGACGAGUCCCAGUCGGCGCGCCGCGCAGGCCGUGCCAUCUCGAAGGUCGCGGAGGGCACGGUGGAGAUCCGAGGCGCCGAGGGCCCCGAGGCCAGGAAGGCCAGGGCUGCAGCAGCAGCGGCAGAAGCGACGGCCGCAGCAGAGGACCCGUCGCGACUUUGACGUAG